AUGUCAACUACAAAAAUAUCGUCGUUCUUCCACGCUUUGGACUCGGAAAAUCCCAAAGUCGCUAAGGAAACCGUUAAUAAACUCCUUAAGAAAAACCCUUCGUCGAUUCAUUACCAACUUCUCGAAUGUUACUACAAAUUGAAAAUCGACCAUAAUUACCAAGAAGCUUACGACAAAUCAUUGGACCUUGUCACCAAUCCCGCAAAUUACAACCAAUUGGCAGACACCCAAGUGUUGACGUUACUUCUUGACAUUUUCAACCAAUCGAACCACGCAAAUGACGUUUCAAAAAUCUUCGAAUUGUUGUUGAAAAAACAACCUUUCAACACCAGUCUUAUCAAUUACUGGUUCCAUUACUCUUUGACUAACUUGAAUAUCCCAUCGUUACAAAAAGCAUCGUUCCAUUUGCAAAAAGUCACUAGCAAUGAUGAAAAACACCACGCCUCAUUGGCUGCGGCUUACAAUUUCUAUUUGGCUACUAUCAACAAUCACAACGUCAUGGAAAAAAAUUUGUUCCCUCAAUUAGGGUUGAAGCUUUUGAAUACUGUCGAACCAUUGAAAUCCGAUCAAGAAAUCUUCAUCAAAGUGAAAUUGUUGAUUGCUUGCAACCAGGUCGAUCAAGCCAUCGAAGUGAUUGCAAAAUUGAUCGAUACGAAAAAAUUCAACGAAAUCGAUAUCACCUUAGUAUUGAUUUAUCUUGAACUCCUUCAUCAAACCAAUAAUUAUCAAAAAAUCCACGAUUUCACCAAUCAUGUCCUCUUUGACCAAAAAUUCAACGAUUUCAAUUUCUGGAAUUACUGGCUAUUAGCAGCUUCCAAGCUUGGUAACCAAGAAGUGUUGAAAUCAAUGGAGAACCUUCCAUCGGAAUUGAAAACUUCAAGAAACGUUCUUUUAACAUAUAUUAAUUGCGGGUUCUUGUUCAAAGACGAUGAGUUAAUAAAGAAAUCAGUGGCCCAGUAUUAUGAAUAUUAUGGUAAUAAAAAAUGCGCGUAUUCUGAUUUGAUCAAGUAUGUUAAAAAUCCGGCCUUUGAUACCCAAUGGUUCAUUAACGAUCUUUUACUUGGUAAAUACUAUAAAGAUUUAGGAUUAGAUACUAAGUUGUCCCAAAAGACCAAAUCCACAAUUCAAGAAGUCACAAUGUUAGUGAAUCUUCAGAAAUUCAAGUUUUUGCAAAACGAACCUCAUUUACUUUCGGGAACCGGUUCCAAAGAAUACAUUGCCGAAAAUAUUAAAAUCUUCAAUUAUUGCUAUGACAAUUAUUUGGUGCACAACAAGGACUUGUUAAAGACUGAUUAUUUCAUUGGUAACGAAUUAUUGAUCAUGAAUUUACAAGUGGAGUUGUCGGCCAAUUUCUCUAAGCAAUCGGUGAUCAGACAAGUGAUUAUUCUUAGAUACGUGCUUUCGUUUUCUCCUGAAGAUUUUAUCGUCAAGCUCUGGUUAAUGAAACUUUAUAAUUAUUUGAACCUUGCUACCUUGACCGCCGAGACUUUUAAUUCCUUGAGUAUUAAGAAUGUGCAAAUUGAUACUCUAAACCAUUACUUGUCCACCAGAAUGGCGUCAACAUUCCCAGAUAUGGACAAGUACAUAAACCUGGUGAUUUUAAAAAACUUGAAGUUUUACGAUGACUCCCAGCAUGAUUAUUUGAUUCAUUUCUUGAAUAAUUGCUAUACUAAUGAAUCGUUUACGAAAAUCGAGAAAUAUUUUGAAUUCAUGAAGAAAUUGGCAGCAAGUUAUGAAAAGUUUUAUAGCUUUGCAGAAUUGAUGGAAAUUGAAGAACUUACCAGUGGGAGAACCAAGUUUGCUGACCAAAAGAAAUCAAACUACGAUUAUUCGAAUUUGAUCAAAUUGAACACCAACAAUAAUAUUAUCCAAGGCAAGAAGGCAUCAACAAAUGACCAUGAUCAUGUUCAUGAUUCAAUAUUGAGUUUCAAUACCACUGGAGAAAUCUGUAACAACUCUUCUCCAACUGAUUAUCAAUGGUCGUAUUCUGACAAUAGAGACUUCACCACGGAAUGGAAUGCUGGAAUUGGCCAUAUACUUAGAUCAUUGGACACCAAACUUAGUGUUGGACCAAGAACUGGGGAUCAAUACCUUAAACUUAAAAAUCUACGUCAUUUGUUAUUGAAAUCGCCAAUUGACUUUGAUGGUAAAGGUAAUUCGAAAUUAUUUGACAGUUUUGAGAAAAUCCUUGUGGAAACUUCACAAGAAUUAUUAGAUAAACAGUUUACAGAGGUUGAAAGAUUAGAAAUAGACUUAUAUUAUAAUUUCUGGAAAUUAGUCAGAUCUUUAUUAUCCAAUGAUAAGAAAGAAAUUAUCGAUCAACAAUUGGCAGCGAUUAGUACGAUUUUCGCCACAAUAAUUGGUGAGUUUGGGAAGAUUACUGCCGCUUAUGUUGAUGUUGUUAAUUGGGAAGUGGCACAUAAAUACAUCACCACCAUUAGAUUGUACAAAUCGUUCAAUAAAUCAUUCAAAGCGUAUAAGCAGCAUUUCCCAAGGUUGUUCAAUAAGAACCAUCCGCAGUAUCAAGGCAUGAGCACCCAUGUCAUUGAUCAUUUGAGUGAAUUGCAAAAAUCGAUCCAGGAUUCUCAUAAUGAUAAUAGAUUGAAGCAAAUUAGUGUGAAAAAUAAAACAAUGUUGAAUGGGUUGGCCUCCACGAUGAUCACUGAGGAUGAGCAGCUUAAGAAAUUGAAUAUUGAUGGUAAUUUCACUAAGGAAGUGUUCAAAGUAGUGGAAGCUCGGUAUGAAACUAUUUUCCAAUUGUUGAAUAGGGUAUGA